AUGAAUGGAAAUAAUUCCUUUGAGGAAGUGCCUUUUCAGCAGAAACAACAACAAUCUCCAAUAGUUAUUGAGGAAGAACAAACAACUUUAUUUGGAAUUAGAUCAAUUCUUAUUAACGGGCAACGUUUCUUUCAACCCUUGGAUAUACCUUCUUCUAAUCAGAAUCAACAAAGAAAUCAACAAACAUCUGCAGCUUUAGUUUUGGCAUUAAACGGGAAUAAUAAAAAUAAUGGAGAGCAUAAAACAGCGUCUUCUGUUAUUAACGGGAAUGGAAGAAUAAAUUCUGAUUUUAACCAACAAAAUCAGAAUUUCAAUGAUAAAAUAGAACAAUCAAAUAAUUAUUCAAUUCAAAAUGGAAAUAAAAUUGAUGAAUUUUUAAAUAAUAAUUUUACACCGUCUUUACCAAAUAAUGGACAUAAUAUCAUCCCAAAUUUACAUUCAAUCCCGAAAAAUAAUUUUGUUGAACGUCAAAACUCUACUUUACAACAAAAUAAUAAUUUAAAUAAUACUGUACAAAGAGAGAAUAAAGAGGAGGAAGGAGAGGAUGAUAAUGUACUUCCAUGGGCAAGGGGAUGUCCUCAACCUAAAAGUGGACAGAGAGGUUCUCGAAGUUGGAUGGAAGGAAAUGAAAUGAUUAAAAGACAUGGUAGCGCUUUUGAACGUUCAUUUGCAGCAACAUCCUCAACUGCCAGUUGGCCUCCCCCAAUACCCCAAUUACCCGAAAGAAUUGUAGAACAAAAUUUUCAACGUUCAGCAUCUAGUAUAGCUCCAUUAUCUAAUAUAAGUGCAACAGAAAGACAUAGACUUGAAUUGUUACAUCAAAUAGAGGAAAAUAGAAGGAGACGAGCUUUGGAAAAACAAAAAGAAUGGGAAAUGGAAGAAAGGGAAAGAAUUAGAGAUGAACGUUGGCGAGAACGUCAGCGUGCAGAAAUCGAAGCAGAAAAACGGGCGGAACGGGAAAAGGCAUUAGCUGUUGAACGUAAAGCUGCUAAACUUGCAGCAGCCCAAAAAGCAACAGAACAAGCACUACGUGAAGAAGCACAAAGAUUGGCUGAGGCUAGAGCUCAGAGAAGGCGUAAACAGUCAGGUUCAAAUUUCUCGGAAACAGUUGAAUCUGUCAGUGAUCGUAGUCGCCCAAUAAGUCGUCAAAUUCCUGUUGGUAAUCAAAAUAGAAAUAUUGGAGAAGAGAUUGAUAGAAAUAAAAAUGAGGUGAAUUUAUGUGUUUAUUUUUAA